AUGUACACCAAGACGAUGCUCGUCGCCGCCCUCGCCGGUGUGGCGGCCGCCCACCACCCGGUCAAGCCGUCGCACACGGCGGGGCACCACGGCAACAACACCGUCGUCACCACCACCAAGGUCGUCAGCCAGUACACCACCUACUGCCCGGGCCCGACCACGCUGUCCUUUGCCGGCAAGAAGUAUACCGUCACCAAGGCCACCACGCUGACCAUUACCGACUGCCCUUGCACCGUGGUUGAGCCUUGCCACACCUGCGCUCACCCGCCGCCCACCAACCUGCCCAACCCGCCGGUCAAGCCUGGCCAUCCCGGCUACCCUGCUCUGCCCGAUCACCACGGAAAGCCCGGCUAUCCUGCUCACCCUGGCUACCCGGGUAAGGGCCCCGAGGCUCCUGUUCACCCCGGCCACCGGGGGUACCCCGAAUACCCCGGCAAGGGCCCCGAAGCUCCUGGUCACCCCAGCCAUCCCGGCCACCCGGGCAAGGGGCCGGAGGCUCCUGGUCACCCCGGCUACCCGGAACACCCCGGUCACCCCAGCCAUCCCGGCCACCCGGGCAAGGGCCCCGAGGCGCCUGGUCACCCCGGCCACCGGGGGUACCCCGAAUACCCCGGCCAGGGCCCCGAGGCGCCUGGUCACCCCGACCACCCGGGACACCCCGGUCACCCCGGCAAGGGUCCCGAGGCUCCGGCUCAGCCUGGCUACCCCGGCAAGGGUCCCGAGGCUCCUACCCAGCCUGGCUACCCCGGCAAGGGCGCCGAGACCCCUGGCCAGAGCUCCGGGAAGCCCGGCAAUGCCGUCGAGGUUGCCGGUGCCGAGAGCCGCCAGGUCGCCUACACCCUCGCCAUGGUCGCUGCCGGUGUUGUCGGCUACCUGGCCCUAUAA